AUGGACCAUAAACAAGGAAAGGAGAGAGUUCGUUCUACUAAAAAUCAACUGGACAAACUGGUGGAAAUUAUGGAGCGAAACCCCGAGCUGGCAAAAGGUGGUGGUUCAAAUCCUACAUCUUUUUGGAAGAGUGUGGCUUUGGAGCUUAACUCCAUGGGGCCAGCUGUGAAGGAAGCAGCUGCUUGGAAAAGGAAUUGGAUUGAAAAAAAGUCGGUGGUUAAAAAAAAGCUUAGCCACAAUAAGAAGGAAAUGCAGCAGACAGGAGGUGGGAAACCGGCAAUGAACACUCUCAGCGAACUGGAAGAGCGAAUAGCUGCAGUUACGAAUAUGCGAGACAUCUCCAACAGGAUUGAAGGUAGUCUAUGCAUCGGUAUAGGAAAUCCGUUGGAGAAUCCCGGACCAUCACAUCACAUUCAGUCCUCAGAGUCGGAACCGAAUCACAUUCAGUCCUCAGAGUCCGAACCGAAUCACAUUCAGUCCUCAGAGCCCGGACCAUCGCACCAAACCCAGUCCUCGGAGCAACCCACACCUCCUGACCAGGGUAAGAAGACUAAAAAAAGACCAGCAACGACCAGCCUGGAGGAAUUCCAGAAAACUAUAUUACAUCAAAAUGAUCAAUCAAUUGAGCUUCUUAGAGAUAUUUCAAACACUUUUAAAAUUUUUACAGAAGGAACAUUGGAAUAUUUCAAGAAAUUGUAA